AUGCCUGUGAAACUUGAUAUCAAGAAAAAGUUCCUGCAAAGGAGCGAGAGGGUCAAGUCUGUAGAUCUGCACCCGACUGAGCCAUGGAUUCUUGGCGGUCUUUAUUCCGGGACGGUUUACAUAUGGAAUUACCAGACUCAGACCAUGUCAAAGUCAUUCGAGGUUACGGAUUUACCAGUGCGGUCUUCAAAAUUUAUCGCACGCAAACAGUGGGUUGUUGCGGGAGCUGAUGACAUGUGUAUUCGUGUGUAUAACUAUAACACAAUGGACAAGGUUAAGGAGUUUGAAGCUCAUACCGACUAUAUCAGAAGUCUUGCUGUCCAUCCGACGUUGCCAUAUGUUUUGUCCGCAUCCGAUGACAUGCUUAUUAAACUUUGGGACUGGGAAAGGGGUUGGAUGUGCACUCAGAUAUUUGAAGGACAUUCACAUUAUGUUAUGCAAGUAACAUUUAAUCCCAAGGAUACCAAUACUUUUGCCAGUGCAUCGCUUGAUCACACCGUAAAGAUUUGGAACAUUCGGUCUCCUGACCCAAACUUCACUUUGGAAGCCCAUUCAAAGGGAGUAAAUUGUGUUGAUUAUUUCACUGGUGGGGAUAAGCCUUAUUUGAUUACCGGUUCAGAUGAUCAAACAGCUAAGGUGUGGGACUACCAAACAAAAAGCUGCGUGCAGACACUUGAGGGGCACACCCACAAUAUUUCUGCAGUAUGCUUCCAUCCUGAAAUGCCUAUUAUAUUCACUGCUUCUGAGGAUGGUACGGUGAGGAUAUGGCAUGCCACUACUUACAGGCUUGAAACUACUCUGAAUUAUGGACUUGAACGAGCUUGGAGCAUUGGGUAUAUGAAAGGGUUGCGCAGGAUUGUGAUUGGUUAUGAUGAAGGAUCUGUCAUGAUUAAAAUUGGUAGAGAAGUACCAGUGGCCAGCAUGGAUAGUAGUGGAAAAGUUAUCUGGGCCAAGCAUAAUGAAAUACUAACAGUGAACAUUAAAAGUGUUGGAGCAGAGAAUGAGAUUGCUGAUGGAGAGAAAUUGCCGUUGGCAGUGAAGGAGUUAGGAGCCUGUGAAAUCUAUCCCCAGAGCUUGAAGCACAACCCAAACGGAAGAUUUGUGGUUGUUUGUGGUGAUGGCGAGUAUAUUAUAUAUACAGCUCUCGCCUGGAGGAAUAGGUCAUUUGGUUCUGCAUUGGACUUUGUUUGGUCCUCAGAUGGAGAAUUUGCUGUCAGAGAAGGACCUACGAAGAUUAAGCUUUUCAGUAAAACAUUUCAGGAAAAGAAGAAUAUUCGUCCAACAUUCACUGCUGAUCGCAUUUAUGGGGGCACCUUACUUGGUUUAUGCUCAAAUGAGUUCGUCUGCUUCUAUGAUUGGGCAGAGUGCCGGUUGAUUCAACGAAUAGAUGUUAACGUCAAAAAUAUUUACUGGGCUGAUAGUGGGGAUUUAUUGGCAAUCCCUAGUGAAUCAUCAUUUUACAUCCUCAAAUAUAAUCGUGAGGUAGUGUCAUCAUACUUCGACAGUGGAAACACUGCGGAUGAACAAGGCAUUGAGGAUUCUUUUGAACUCCUGUAUGAAAUAAAUGAAAGAGUCAAAACUGGAAUCUGGGUCGGAGACUGUUUCAUCUACAACAACUCUUCUGCACGCCUCAACUACUGUGUUGGUGGUGAGGUGACCACUAUGUUUCACCUGGACCGGCCAAUGUAUCUAUUAGGAUAUCUUGCUGCUCAAAGCCGUGUUUAUCUUAUUGACAAAGAGUUUAAUGUUGUGGGGUACACAUUACUUAUCAACCUGAUCGAAUACAAGACUCUAGUAAUGCGUGGUGAUAUCGACCGUGCCAAUGAAGUUUUGUCCACAAUUCCUCAGGAACACCACAAUAGUGUGGCUCGUUUCCUGGAUUCUCGGGGUCUGCAGCAUGAGGCUCUAGAAGUUGCCACUGACACGGACUACAAAUUUGAACUGGCAAUACAAUUAGGCAAACUAGAGAUAGCUAAGGAAAUUGCUGAAACGGCACAUAGUGAGAACAAGUGGAAGCUGUUGGGGCAGCUAGCUUUGUCUACCGGAAAGUUAGAACUAGCUGAGGAAUGCAUGCUGAAAGGAAAGGAUUUGAGUGGUUUGUUACUCCUCUAUACUUCUUUUGGAGAUGCAGAAGGAGUCGCAAGACUUGUAUCUCUUGCUAAAGAGCAAGGGAAGAAUAAUGUUGCAUUUCUGUCUUUAUUCUUGAUGGGUAAAGUGGAGGAAUGCAUCCAGCUGUUAGUUGACAGUAAUCGCAUACCUGAAGCUGCGUUGAUGGCUAGAUCUUACAUGCCAAGCAAAGUUUCUGAGAUAGUCUCUUUAUGGAAAGAUGACCUAAACAAGGUUAACCUUAGAGCUGCUGAAUCGUUGGCCGAUCCCCAGGAGUAUCCUAAUAUGUUUGAGGACUGGCAGGUUGCUCUUGCUAUUGAAUCCAAAGUUGCCGAGACACGAACCACACAUCUUCCAGCUGGCGACUACUUAACCCAUGCUGACAAGUCAAACAUGAGCCUUGUCGAAAGUUUCAGAAACUUACAGGUUGAAGAUGAGGAGCCAAGCCAAAAUGGCGAUCUAGAUCAUGAGGAAUUUGUUGAGGAUGUGGAUGCAAAUGAAGACGAUGAAGCCGCCGAAGAACCCAUGGAGGAGGGGGAUGCCGACUCAACAAAUGGUGCUGUACUCGUAGAUAGCAACGAAGCGCAAGAAGAAUGGUCUGCUGAUAAAGAAGAAACCUCUUCAGCCUAA